AGACGCCGGGGGAGCACACGUGCGACUGCGCAUCACGGCAGAGACGCCGAUACGGUGACGAAUUGCAUUUUUCGAGCAAAAAAUCAAGGGCAUCAGCCGGAUCUCCAUCGUCAAGCUUUGCCAAGCAUCAGACAGUUCAGCUGGGCCUGACUCUUGGUAGUCUUGCUCGACGAGCGCGCCCUGUAAAUUCGCGUACCGAGCUUAGCACUUCGUACCGCCCCCCUCUCCUCCGUGCUCAAGCCUCUCUUUUUCUCUCUUCCUUCCUCUGCCGAUCGCCCGCUGUCAUCGAGCCUUCGUUCUUCGCCUCCGCCCAGUUGUGUGCGCAACAGUGCAGUCGUGUUGCGCACAAGGACGCUUAGGGUUCGGAAAAGCAACGAGAGCGGGGCGCACCGCGCGCGCGAAUCCUCUCGCACACGGACAGCUAUGACGUCGAAGAUAGAAUCCGCCGCCUUGAGCGUCGCGCAAAAAGUCGAGGGGCACGACAGUAAGCAAGAAAAGAAGGACGAGAAGCUCGAGGAAUUGAACGACACAGCGAGUGAGCAGAGCACCAGCACCAGCACCAGCACCAGCAAAGGUACCGACGCUGCCAACGACGCUGCCUUCGAUGCUGGCGAGCGCAAAUCGUCGGUCGACGAUGAAGGUGGCAAAGAUGGCGACGGGGAGAAAAAAGGUCCUAAAGGUGGCUUCGACGAUACGCCAAUACCUAAAGCCCCUCCAGGCUAUACGCUGAAGUUCACCUUCCACCGGGCGACGAACCUACCCAUGGCCGAUAUCAACACCCUCUCGUCGGACCCGUUUAUCGUUGCGCAACUGUACACAGAUUUGCAGCCACGGCACAAGGAGGACCCGCCUUUGCGACUGCGCACGCCGACCAUGAGGCGAAACACAGAGCCGGUGUGGAACACGGAGUGGAUCGUUGCCAACGUUCCUGCGUCUGGGUUCAAACUCAAAUGUCGAAUCUAUGAUGAGGAUCCAGCUGAUCAUGACGAUAGGCUGGGCAAUGCCACAAUCGUCGUCCAGGGAAUUAACGAUGAGUGGCCUGGCAUCCAGGACCAAGGCUACAAGAUAAAGAAGAGGAUGGGGAGCAAGCGCGCGUACCUCAUGCGUGGUCUAGCUGUCGCCCUCAGAAAGACGAAGCACAUGUAUGGCAGCCUGUUCCUCAGCGUGCAGGUGCUUGGUAAGACGGAAGGCGAGGGCGGCCGUUGUUACACGGUCGGGCCGAUGUGGUAUACGAAACACUACAGUCCAAUGCUGGGUCGGAUUGCGAACAGGAAAGAGCCGGACGAUGACAGCCCUGGGGCCGAGCAUAAAGCUCAGCGGUACAACUUCCAAGCCAACCAGUUCCAAAUGCAGGGGCCUGUGCCGGCCGAAUUGUACCACCGCUUCGUCGAGUUCAAACCCUUUGUCAAGCGCAUGUUCACAUCCUCAGGCGUGGAGGGCUUUCUCCUUUCCAAGGCGUUGCAUCACCAGCAUGCACGCGUCUACAACUACGAUCGCACGACCGAGUAUGGCGUCUUCAAGGACGCGCCGUCGGAGGAAUCCACGAUCAAGUUCCUCGAACUCGUGCACUGGGCUCAAGGCGGCAGGAUUUUCACGUACGUGCUCACGCUCGACGCGCUGUUCCGCUUCACGGAGACCGGGAAAGAGUUUGGCAUCGACUUCUUGAGUAAGCAUACCAUGCACAGCGACGUGAACAUCUACAUCGCGUACAGCGGAGAGUUUUUCGUGCGUCGGCUCAAGCACAAGGACAGGCCCACGCCCGAAGAGCACCUGCACUCACCGGACUCGCAAAAGGACGGCAGACAGUCCUCCGAGCACAGCGCAAAUUUGCCGCGGCAGUCUGCAGAAGAUCAGACGAUCGAACACCCGCCUCACCAUUUGCGCGGCGAGCCUCCAAGGGACCCAAGGUACUACCAACUUGUGAUCGACAACGAUUCCGGCACAUACAGGCCCAAUGCAAAACUGCUUCCCAUCCUGAAGGAGUAUCUGCAGCGCCAGCUUCCCGGCAUGCACAUCGUCACCCUGGACUGCCAGCAGGACGCCGAACUCCAGCAGAAGAUGAAGGCUGAGCAGCGCGAGACGAAAAAGGCAGAGGGCGACACGAUACUGUACCGCCAAGCCUCCGACUCGAGCAGCAUCAGCAGCAGCGACCUGAGCGACCUGGACGAAAUGGAGGGCGCCGAAGCGAGAGAACGAGGCUCGUGGAAAGCAGUGGGCAAGGACGCCAAGUUGAAAGGCAAGGCGAUGGGGAGAAGAUGGAAAGGCUUCGUGCACGGAAGAGGUGGGGAAGAUCCAGCGUCGAAUGCGGACGGCGAGGAUCAAGCCAAGGGCGCCCACGAGGGCAUCCAAAAGCUGACUGUUGCCGAUCAGGUCGAACAGCCGACGGUUGCCACCUGAUCAUUCUCGCCGAGUUAUUGAUGGGCGUUGUAUGGUCUGACAUCUUCAUGUAGGCCUUGGGGAGGGCCCUCUUUGAUCUUUUGUUUUUGUUUCUUGAUACCAUUUUCGUACCAUCCUGUUGCCGCGUCGACAUUAGCCAUGCUUCGCGUGUUGCGUGCGUUGUGAUGUCGGACGCUCGUAAAAACAAUUAAAUGCUGAGAUCACUAUGUGAUCUCUUUAAGGAGGGCUUAAGAUAAUCUAUACGAGGUUAAAGUUUGAUUUUGCAUCAUCCGAUUUCCUUUUAACUUUGUGACCCCUGUUGCAGUUUUGAACGAUUUUCUAUUUGUGCUAUAGGCCCCAGUGCAUGCUUCUCACCACCGAACUUUCAAAAUAGAUUAAG